AUGCCAGUCUUUUGCAAGGCGUGGUCUGUGCCGUAUGCCAUUCGUGAACCUGUCGAGCAUGAGCUAGGCAACUUGCAAAAAGAGGGCAUACUGAUGCCCGUAACCCGCAGCGACUGGGCCACGCCGCUGGUAGCUGUUCACAAGCCAGACGGCACAGUACGAUUGUGUGGAGACUAUAAAUUGACGGUGAAUCCAUGUGUAAAGACCGACCAUUACCCACUGCCCGCCGUGGAGGAUUUGUUCACGACACUCGCUGGGGGCAAGGUUUUCACCGUUCUGGACCUUUCGACGGCAUAUCAGCAAAUCGAGGUGCACCCUGACUCGCGACCCUUGCUGACUAUAAACUCUCACAUGGGGUUGUUCCAGUAUGUUCGAAUGCCGGACGGAAUCUCAAGUGCACCGGCAGUUUUCCAGGCAAUCAUGAACGAGCUGUUGAAAGGACUACCGGGAGUGGUAUGCUACCUCGACGACGUCCUCAUCACGGGAGCAUGGCAUACCGAACGCCUGGCCCUGGUUGGGAGCAGUCCUGCAGGUCUUCAGGGACCACGGCGUAAAAUGCAGCACACCAAGACACCACCUUACCACCCAGCUUCAAAUGGCACGGCGGAGGGGCUUGUCCAGACCGUCAAGUGA